CGUGUAAAUCAUCGUAAGGUUGGCCCCAUUAGUCGGCAAAGAACGCGGAGAGACGAAGAUCCAUCGUUGGAGACCGUACGAGAGAUCGAAGUAUUUCCAUAGAGGAAGACAGAUUUGGUAGAAGUAAAUAGACAAAGAAGAAGAAGAAGAAGAAGAAGAGUAAGAAUAACAGGGGAAAAAAGAAGAGAAGAGAAAGAAAGGAGACAAUUCGUCGAAUACUCCGGUCGAAGUCGUCCAGCCAUGAUAUGACACUCGAGUGAAGCGAGCUCUCUGUAAGCGACGGGCAGCCAUCAUGAGGAUAUUACUUCAACUUCUGGUCGUCCUGCUGUUGGGCGUCAAUGCCAGACGAAGGGACGGCGAGGGCCCUGUAGACGACAUCUUUGGUGGACAGCGUCGUGCCACUCAGCAUAAGAUUAAUUACAACACUAAUAACAACAACAACAAUAACAACAACAACAACAACAAUGGCCAAGCAUUGAAUUCUCCGUACUUGCCGUAUCAACAAUUAAGAGAAAGGAAACCCAAUAUCGUAUUGAUCUUAACGGACGAUCAAGACGUCGAACUUGGUUCGCUGAACUUCAUGCCGCGGACCCUAAGGCGAAUAAGGGACGAGGGAGCCGAGCUGAGACACGCAUACGUGACCACUCCCAUGUGUUGUCCAAGCAGGAGUUCCUUACUGACCGGCCGUUACGUUCACAAUCACGAGGUCUUCACGAACAACGACAACUGCAGUAGCCCCCAGUGGCAAAGAGAUCACGAGCCGCACUCCUUUGCCGCUUACCUGAGCAACGCAGGAUAUCGUACCGGAUACUUCGGUAAAUAUUUGAACAAGUACAACGGCUCGUACAUACCGCCUGGUUGGCGGGAAUGGGGUGGUCUGAUAAUGAACUCGAGAUACUACAACUACAGCGUCAACAUGAACGGGAAAAAGAUAAAGCACGGCUUCGAGUAUAGCAAGGACUAUUAUCCGGAUUUAAUAGCUAACGAUAGCGUUGCGUUUCUACGGCAAAGCAAGCAUAAUUUUGCCCGCAAGCCGGUAAUGUUGGUUGCAAGCUUUCCGGCGCCUCAUGGACCAGAAGAUUCCGCACCACAAUUCUCGCAUCUCUUUUUCAACGUCACCACUCAUCAUACGCCAGCUUACGAUUACGCACCAAAUCCAGACAAACAGUGGAUUCUCCAAGUCACUCAGAAGAUGCAGCCUAUACACAAACAGUUUACGGAUCUCUUGAUGACCAAGAGACUCCAGACUUUGCAGAGUGUCGACGCAGCGGUCGAUAGAAUCUAUCAAGAAUUGAAAGACUUGGGAGAGUUGGAUAAUACCUACAUCAUUUACACAUCCGACCACGGUUAUCACUUGGGACAAUUCGGUCUUAUCAAAGGCAAGAGCUUCCCAUUCGAGUUCGACGUCAGAGUUCCUUUCCUCAUAAGAGGACCUGGCAUAGAACCUGGAUCCGUAGUAGACGACAUAGUUUUAAACAUUGAUCUGGCGCCGACCUUCCUGGACAUCGCCGGCGUCGAAACACCACCGCAGAUGGAUGGCCGAUCUUUCAAGAUGCUUUUUCUAAAUAAUAAACGUGGAAGAAGGCCGAAAAUAAAAUGGCCAGAUACAUUCCUAAUCGAAUCGUCGGGUCGUCGAGAGACCCCAGAGUCAAUCGCUGAAUCGAAAGCACGAGAAGCGAGAAGGCAAAACGCGACGAUGACGAGGCAAACGCAUGGUUCACAGAACGAGGAGGUUGAUGACAUUACCGAAGCCGAUGAUUCUGAGACCGAUCGGCGAUUUAUAGAAAAUGAUACUGGAAGCGAUCAAGAUAUUUCCGAGGAUGAUUUCGACGAGUCGAUUAUCGAUGAAACAACUCCGGAAUUGCAUUUGGACAACAGAGUGCAUCCGGUUCAAUCGCCAUUUUCUUCGAAACACGAGCGUCUCGCAAUCGAGUGUUCGAGACCGGAAGCACAGGCCGAUUGCGUGCAUGGUCAAAAGUGGCGUUGCGAGAGAGACGGUCAUCGUUGGAGAAGACACAAAUGUAGAUACGCGUUACCACCGCCUAUACAAAGGACGUCGAAAAAAUGUGCAUGUUUCACGCCACAAGGAUUGGUUUACACUAGAUUGGAGACUAACGAUUUCGAUAUAUCGAGAUAUGGAUUUGGAAGAGAUCGAAGACCUUUAGAUCCUUAUGGCGAAACGACUGGAUAUUUUAUGAAACGAGGUAAAAGAGAAAUAUCCGAGAACGAUGAACUCGAGGAAGAUGAUUUAGAUGACGAUAUGAGAGAUCGACGAGCUAUAGACGAGGAAGACGACGAUGAAUUCCUUCAGGAUUUGGAUACGCUUAAAAAAGAUGUACACGAGGACGACUAUUCCUUCAGAAAUGCCUAUCGUAAUUAUACGAGAGUAAUGCGUAUCGACACGGACGAUGACGACGAACAUAAGAGUAAUGUAGAAGAAAAAGCAUGGGAUGAUCGUCUGAUUUCAAGUUACUCGAUUAACGAUUUCGAUCCUAGUUUAGAUAAGAUCGUAAAAGGUCGAUUAAAUGUCGAAGAUGUGAUCAAGAGACAUAGAAGAGUACGAAGGAGUGCAACGAAGAAGGAUACGAUUGAACACGUUACACAGAUAAUGGAAAGUAUAGAGGAAGAAUUGGACGAUUUAAAACAAACGCAUGCACGUCAUUCUACCUCGCCACGAGUGACUUUACCAUCCAAAUGUUCGGUACUUCCCGAAGGUGGUGUGAAUUGUAGCGAAGCUAUUUAUCUGGAUCCGAACGAGUGGAGAAUAUCCAGACGAAAGAUCGAACAACAAAUCAAGGAGAUGAGAAUGCAGUUAGAGACUUUGAAGGAAAUACGUCGACAUUUAAUGAUUAAACGUCCUCAAUUCAUUCCGGACAAUGAAGAGGAGUCUGCCGAGCCAGAGGAACCACAUGUUUCUCAUAAACCACAUUAUCAUACUUCUAAGAAUCAUACCAGCAGGCAUCACAAAAAACAUGAGAAAGGGCCCCAUGCGAAUUCGAUUAACGUAACCACUACUACCACCCAUCGAUCUACUUCAAAGUCGACUCAAUUUUCUACCAUCGAGAAAGACUCGACGAUUCACGAUGAUAAUAUUAGAUAUAACGUUACUCAAGCAGAAAUUUCGAUUAAUGAUUCUGCUGUUACUACCACCACCACUACUACUACUACUACUACUACUAUGUCACCAAAAGCGAAAAAGAUUCCACGUCGACAAAAAGUCAAAGAACCAUUUAACAAUACUACCGAUAGCGAAGAUAAUAAACAACAAAGACGUAGAAAAAUUUCGUAUAACCGAAAGAACAAUAAUACCCUUCUUACCAAUAGCGUUCACGAUGACGUUCUACCAAAUCAAAACGUAAAUGAAAAUAUUGGAACUGUUACUCCUAGCCAAGAAGACCAAGUAACUUUCAAUCAAAAAUCGCAAUAUCGAACAAAUAAAUCAACCAAUGUUCCAAUCGUCUUUACCAGUGCUCACGAUGGCACUCAAAAUAAUUAUAGAAGUAACAACGUAAAUAACAAAUUAACGACGACCGAACUAACGUCACAUCAUGUAUCAUCGUUCGUAACUGAAACACCAGGUUCGAUUGGAACAGUCGAGUUUGGUACACCAGUGUUCAAACCAACCGUAUCUACCGCACUAAACCAUCCUACUUCAACUAAGAGCGAAACUACUAGUACAACUAGUUCAACGAUACAAUUAACUGUACCAACAACAAUUCCACCUGCUAAGAAAUUACCAAAAGUACAAAAGAACAAAACGGGUGCUAUUCUGGGACCAGCUAGAAUAGAUGUCACCAUUUUGGAGACUCCGGAUAGAAAACAUAAACAAGGUAUAACAGCGACAAAUAAUAAUGGUCGUUUACCACCGUUACUAAACAGUCCUUUAGAAGCACGUCACAAGUGCUAUUGCGAACCUGAUUCGUAUUCGAAGAAAGAUGAGAAAGAGAUCGCUAGAGAGGAAAGGAGACGGUUAAAGGAAGAACGACUUAAGAAGAAAGAACGCAAACUUAAGAAAAAGGCUAAGCUUGAAAAGGAUUGUUUGACUGAAAAGAUGAAUUGCUUCGAGCAUGACAAUGAUCAUUGGCGCACUGCUCCAUUGUGGAAUGCAGGACCAUUCUGUUUUUGCAUGAAUGCUAACAAUAAUACGUAUUCCUGUAUACGUACUAUUAACGUAACGCAUAAUUUCCUUUAUUGUGAAUUUACUACAGGUUUAGUGACUUUUUACAAUUUAAGAGUCGAUCCGUUUGAACAAUGGAAUAGAAUAUCGAUGUUGACACCGUCAGAUAGAUCUUAUCUUCACGAUCAAUUGGAACAUUUGAAAGGUUGUAAAGGAACGCGCGAUUGUACCGUAGGAAGCGCCAGAGAGACAAUGCCUCAAGUUCAACAACAUCAAAAAUAUAUAUCUAAGAGAAAGUAUAGUAAUACAUUUGAGGAUUUAUUUGUGCCAUCAGCCUUACAAAUUAUUCGAGAAAGUGAACUCGGUAGUCCGCCUAAUAAAAGACGGAAAAAAUUACCAAGCGUUUGGAACAGGCGAAGUCGAAGUUGGCAAAGUAACUUCAGACAUCAUGAAGAUGCAACGACUUCACGACGUCACAGACAUCAGUAUUGGUAAAUUUAUUUUUAUUAUUUUUAUUUUAUUUUAUUUUAUUUUUUUUUAUUUCAAAUUUUCUUUAUAACAGUGUGACAAAUUGCCUUAGAAAUGUAAUUAGUUUCGCAAUGCAUUUAAUAAUGUAAUUUAUUUUGUUAUAUUAGUAACAAAGAUUAUGAUAUUUAAUUAAAACCAUUUGAAAUUCAUUCAAUUUUUAUCAUGG